AUGGGUCCGCUGUGGUUAUAUCGGCUGUACCUGCGAAAGGGGAUCCAGACGGCAUUGAUCAGGUGGUCCGUGUUAGUUUCUAACUUGGUGGGAUGGGUCGUCAUCCUCUGUGUCUUUCCUGUGCCGUAUCUCAUGUUUCUUUCGUACCGUUUGGGGGUGUCGUUGUGGUUGAGAUGCCGACACCGGGGAGAAGUGAAACUGAUGGAUGCGUCGGAUGCAAUAUUUGCUCUGCCUUCCGCCGAUCGACCUAAUUCCAGGGCCAUUGUUGUCAGUUGGAUCGCCGUCGACGGGUGUGUUGACAUUCUCAACUUCAAGGAGAGGAUUCGGAAGCGUAUUCAGGAGGAUACAUGGUUUCAAAAAUUGACUUUCUCUUUCCAAUUCCGUCUCGGUUAUUUGGUGUGGAAAAAGGACAAAUGUUUUUCCGUCGAUCAUCACGUGAAGCUGAUUGCAGAACCGGAAAAGGCGAGUCUCGAGGAUUUGUUAGAAGCGUUGCAAUGUCGGGAUUUUGAAGUGGAUCGGUCUCCGUGGGAAAUUCUGGUAUUGAUGAGUGGGGAGAAGACGACCUUGAUUAUCAGAUGGCAUCACUGCCUGGCCGACGGACCGGGCAUGAUCAAUGGAUUGUCGAGACUCAUCUUGGACGAGAAUCCCACUUCUCCAAUUCGCAAAAUCCCGAAGAGAACGGCAACGAAUCUCAAAACUUUCUUCGCAUUACUGAAAAGCAUGUUCUACCUCCCCACAAUCAUGCUGUGGUUGUCGCUCAUCCCGGAAGGAAACCGUCUUUCGGUGACCCAUCCCACCAAGAGAAAGAGAGUUUUCUUUUCGGAUCCGAUGCCCUCAGAGCCAUUGAAGAGGACCGCUAAGAAGUUGGCCUGCACUAUCAACGACAUCUUCAUAUCUUGCGUGAUCCAGGGAUACCAAAUGACGCUGUUAAGGCCCACAGACACUUUAUCGGUGGCAAUUCCCAUCUCCCUGCAUCGGGAUUCCCCUCAGAUCUGCAAUCGCGUGAGCCCGAUCCGAGUCCCGUUGCCGGUGGCCUUCGACGGCGAAGCCCGCAUCCGUGAGAUCCGCGAGAUGACUCGCUGCCUGAAAGCAUCGCCUGACAUCCUCUGUGGUUAUGCCGUGCAGCACAUCCUGUCCAACGUGCUUCCCUCGUGGGUGUCGAAAUCGUUCCGGUGGGCGAAGGUGGCCGGUUGCGUGAGUAACGUGGCUUCCCUCUUGCCUUCCAAUGCCCGGAUUCAAGAUCAUCUAGUCUCCUCCCUUUGUGGGUUCGCACCACCGCUGCUGGACAUUGGAAUUGCCAUUUCGUUGGUGAGCACAGGGACCAGUUAUCACUUCGCCAUCAUGGCCGACCAGAGCGCUUUCAAGAAAUCGGAAGAUGCGAGGAUUUUCCUGGGGACCAUGGUCAACCACGUCGACGUCCUCGCGUCUGCUGCAGGAAUCUCCCGAGAGAAAAGUGAUUCUUCGACCCCUUCGUUCAGCUACAUCGUUCCUAUUAUCAAAUACAGUAUGGAAUCCGAGAUGAUGCAAAAGGAAUCCCUGCGAGGUCACUAAGGAGGACGCCCGAGGGCACUUUUUAAGGCGCAGCGAUCAAGUCAGUGGAUUCUCUUCAUAUCGUGGCAU